UCCAGUCCAGUCACAGACGCCAUCGAGAAAAAGAUUAAUAAUUACGAUUCAACUUGAAGAACCAGUCUCUUCCUCCUCUUUUCCCUCGUUCUUGUUAAUGACUGCUUCACGAAACCAAAAGAAAAUCUCAAUCCUCGUCCCCAUUAAUCUUUCUUAGCAUCUUGCUCACAAGCAAUGCCAAGUUUAACUGUCAAACUCUAUAGUAUCUUCUUCAAACUCAACAAGAAACAUCAACUACACAAUCUAACUGUACAAGCACAAACUCAAUUAUCUUCCUUUGUCACCACUUCAAGGCCCGACGGAGCUGUAGCCCCCAGCAAUCCCACUUUCGUUGAUGGGGUGGCGACUAAAGAUAUCCACAUAGACCCCAAUUCUGGUCUCACGCUCCGUAUAUUUCUUCCUGAUACAGUUGUUGACUCUUCUUUGGAUAAUGGUCAUGUUUACAAAGGCUAUUCUCCUCUCACGACGGGAAGAAAUAAUGGCUACAAGAAACUGCCUGUUAUGUUGCAGUUUCAUGGUGGGGGGUUUGUGAGUGGGAGCUGUGACUCGGUUGCAAACGAUGCGUUUUGUAGAAGGAUUGCCAAGUUGUGUGAUGUAAUUGUUAUAGCGGUUGGGUAUAGGUUGGCGCCAGAGAGUAGGUAUCCGUCGUCGUUUGAGGAUGGAUUUAAGGUGUUGAAUUGGUUAAAAAAGCAGGCUAAUUUGGCACAGAUUGGGAAUGGGGAAAAAGAGAGGCAUGUUUUUGAUGGGUUUGGUGUGUCUAUGGUUGAACCUUGGUUGGCUGCUCAUGGUGAUCCUUCUAGGUAGUAUUUCUUAUCCCCUGGCUUAAAAUGAAAUUUAUCUGUUCUUGGUUUUGAUUAAUUUCUGGCAUGUUUAUGUGUUUGUAUAUAGUUUAAGAAGCCUUGAAUUACCUUAUGUAUGAGAGUCAAUGA